AUGGUACUUUCUUCCUGCUCUUUAACAUGGACUUCACCUUCCUUAUCCCAUAAAUUAAAUUGGCCGCUUUCAAAUCGGUUGCUUCGGAGCACUCCAACUUCAUCUUCUAACAAUGUCUCUUGUUCAAUGGAAACAUCUUCAAGUUCAGACAAAAUACCGGACAGAUAUAGAGCUUUUGUCGACCCUUCAGACGGAUGUUCUUAUGUUUAUCCCUCGGAUUGGAGAAUUUGA